UCAAAGCCAUCAGUGACGCAGCGAGAACUGAGGCGAUUGGGCGGCACUUUUAAAUCAAACCACAGGCCGCGGCGAUUGGAUACACAUUUGGGGGUCUGGGGGAGAGUGGUCGUCUACUGCACUCUUGUCUGGAUACUGUACGCAUCCAGUAACCCUCAGAAACCUCUACCUGGAACGGAAGAGCUCAGUUCCCGGACGCUAACCGUGUGGAUUAGCCUACCUGUCGGAAUGUUACCUGAGGUGGGCCGCAGGGUUGCAGAGGCAAAGACCGGGUCUGACCCGACCAUCAGCUGUAUGUUGGUUGGCGAUGGAGCCGUAGGGAAGACCAGCAUGAUCAUCAGCUACAUUGCCAACGGUUAUCCCGAUGAAUACAAUCAGACAGCGUUCGAUGUUUUUACUGGGUCGGUUACAGUGGAUGGGAUACCUGUCCAAAUUCAACUGAUGGACACGGCAGGACAGGAGGAGUAUGACGAGUUCCGCUCCCUGUGUUACGACCACACAGACGUGUUCCUCCUGUGCUUCAGUGUGGUCAACCCAACGUCCUUCCACAACGUCACCACCAAGUGGAUCCCCCAGCUGCGCGCCCACAAUCCUACACUACCCAUAAUCCUGGUUGGCACUCAGGCUGACCUGCGAUACGACGUCAACGUUCUCAUCGACCUGAACCAGGGCCGGUUUAAGCCCGUGGAAAACUCACAGGCCCGUGGCUUGGCAGACCAGAUACGGGCGCAGGACUAUGUGGAGUGUUCUGCUCUGACCCAAGAUAACUUAAAGGAGGCCUUCGACUCGGCCAUCUUCGCCGCUAUCAAGCACAAGGCCUAUCGGGCCAGGAAACUGGGACUUAUGGGCCGCGCCAAGACCUUCUCAAGCGGGGGCUGGAAAAAGUUCUUCUGCUUCAUCUAAGCCAAAAGACAGAGGAGUUAAUGCCUCAAUUUAAAGACUGUGUGUGUGUGUGUGUGUGUGUGUGUGUGUGUGUGUGUGUGUGAUGUGUGUCUGUUUCUUUUUCUGUUUUCCCAUCAUAUGCUAUGACUCCAUGUUGCCAUUCUGUGGCCUUGGUUCAGUGCAAUAUUCCCCCACCAGUGACCUCCGUCAGUUGGUCUUUAUGCUUCCUGUGGAAGCCACCAAGUUGGUGCAGUCUGCCUCAGUUUCUGAUUGAGUCACAACUGCAUUGUAAGGAUGCCAGAUACCUCUCAUGAUUGACUUGGACAACUGUAACUGUGACAUUCUGAAACCUGACAGUAUUGUAUGCUGAAUGUAUUUGGAACGCAUUUUUAAAUGAUUUUCAUCAA